AUGUCCAACCUUGAGGCUGUUGUUGCUACAAAUAACAAUUUUACAGUGGAGCUAGCAAGAAAAAUGGUUGGUGAUGAAAAUGUUGUGAUGUCCCCACUGAGCAUGCUAACAGCUCUGGCAUUGGUUUGUCUUGGAGCCAAGGGUAACCCUAAAACCCGAAUUAAGGAGGUUCUUCAGUUUGAAAGCUGUACAGAUAUACAUUCUGGAUUAGAACAACUGUUAUCUACACUAACUGAGUCUGAGGAGUAUGAACUUAAGAUCAACAACAUGCUCUUUGUUGACAAAACUUGUAACAUAUCUGAAACAUUCAGCAACGUUUCUAAAAUCUGGAACGAGGCAAAACCAGAAAUAGUUGACUUUAAAAAUCAUCCAAAAGAUGCAUGGGAAUAUAUGGUAAAUUGGCUGAAAGAAAAGACUGAAGGUACCUUUCAAAAUAUUUCCGAGGACUCUAUUAAUAAUGAUACAAAGCUUGUAGUUGUUAACACAGCGCAUUUAUUGGCUAACUGGACACAGAACUUUCCUCAUUUUAAAACCAAAAUGGAAUUAUUUACUCUAAGCACUAAUGAAAAACAAUAUAUGCAGCUGAUGUGUGUAAUAGGUUAUUUUAAUGUCCGAGUGAUAAAGGAUCAAAUGUUAAGUAUAAUCGAGCUUCCUUAUGGAAAAAAGAAAACUCUGAGUAUGUAUGUCAUACUUCCAGAUAGAUACGAUGGUAUAAUAAAGAUAAAAGAAAACAUUUCAUAUGAGCAACUAAACGACUGGACCAACCCAAACAGUAUGAAAAGAACAUUCAUAGAGGUCUAUCUGCCCCUCUUUAAGAUAGAGAGUAACUAUUCAAUGAAAAAUAUUCUACAUCGUAUGGGAAUGGCUGAUGUGUUCAGUAACACCAAAUCAAACAUGUCCGAAAUAUUCCAAGACAAUUUGUAUGCAUCAGACAUCAUAAACUUGGUAACAAUGGAGGCAGCUGAGGAUGGUACUGAACAGAUAACUGAUGUUGAUGACUAUUUUGGAUUUCUGACCAUAAGACUUUCACAAAUAACAUUCAAAGUAGAUCAUCCAUUCAUCUUUAUUGUUCGGGAUAUUCUUAACAAAUGUUUUGUCUUUUAUGGUGAAUUUCAAAAGCCCUGAUAAAAAAAUAAAAAAAUAAAAAUUAAAUAAAAUAGGGAUAUUUAUGACAAGUGAUGGACAACAUGAUGCAUAUAACCAAAAGGAUAGUGUUAACUUUUUAAUAGUUCAUAAGAUUUAGGAAAUUGCAGUAUUUACAUGUCUACCAGAAUUGUAAGGUUGCUUUCACACUAUA